AUGGAAAAACACCAAGAUGUCGCUGAAACAACAUUCAGUCGCAGCCAUCUAUGGAAGCCCAUCGUUGGGGACAUAGCAGCAGCAGCUAUCUCCGCAACUCUAAUAACACCAAUAAUCACAGUGAUUGACCAAUCCAUGGUAGAGAAGGUCUCUUUCAACAGACCUCUCGCACAGGGCAUGAAAGUCCACAGCUUGAACGCUAUCAAACAUCCAGGCCGCUUCAUCUUUAGCCGUGCAUUUGGCUACGUCUGGACUCUAUACGGAGCGACGUAUGCUGUGUCAAAUGCAUCAGAUACGCUCGCUCAUGAGUUCCACAAAGCGGCUGUUGGGACGAUUACCUUUGUCAAUACGAUGAUAGUAAAUGUUCCUCUGGGCGUGCUGAAAGAUGUGCGCUUUGCUCAGAUGUUUAGUGCUUCGACAACGCCGACUGAUAAAGUCGCGCCUGUUGUUAAGCCUGGCGUUCCUAGAGCCGCUACAGCUACGUUUCUUAUGAGAGAUGCCAUCACGAUCUUUGGGUCGUUCACCAUGGCGCCUUGGCUAUCAUCUCUCAUCCCUGAUAGCUUGUCAUCAAGCCCGCAUUCCAAGGCGAUCAUAUCGCAGUUGACAGUGCCCAUUUUCUCACAAUUCUUUGCUACCCCAGUCCAUCUCCUUGGGCUGGACUUGUAUGCCCGACCGCGGGGAAUACCAUGGGUUGAGCGUUCGGCACAGAUCCGAAGGGACCUGUUCUCAGCCACAAUACUGCGGUCUCUGAGAAUCAUCCCGGCUUUUGGAGUAGGGUGUGUGGCAAACAUGGAGGCAAGGUCAAGGUUUCAUAAGCUGUUAUAG